UUGUUCCAGGAGCCCCGCAAGUUCUGAGGCACUCCGCCACGCCCGAGGUGGUUGUAGAGAGCGGACAGGCGGCCGAUCUCAGCAUGGUGGUGUGUGCUGAUCCGAGGCCCAGGUUCGUCGCUUGGGAGUGGGGAUCGCUGAGACUGGAAGCGGGCGCAGAAAUGGGUAAAUACAAGGUGGAUGAUGUGAUGCAAGAAGAACGUGAAGACUGUUAUUUAGCGACGCUUCAUAUAAAAGACGCAACAUCAACAGAUUCCAGAGCCUACUACCUGGCGGUGGAAAAUGACAGGGGGACUGACAGGCAUGCUGUCCAAUUAUACGUUAAUGAACCCCUGCAGAUGAGCACAUUAGUUAGUGUCGCAGGAGCUCUGCUGGUGGCCUUCCUGCUCUUCGUGUGCGCAUGCGUAUAUGCCGUCCGAGCAGAGAAAUGCUGCUUUGCCCGCAAGGGCGACUUCAAACCUUCAGAGAUGGAUGGUCAGAAAGUGGACAUAGAAAAAACGGCCACCGGUCCCGGCGGCAUCCCCGCCGACGCAAUCUACACCACGACGCCACGCAGCGGCGGCGGCGGCGACCGUCUUGGCGGCCGCCCCCACGCCAGCCCGGAGGCCAUGAAGCAUCUACCACCCACAACACAUACAUUCAAUGGUAGAAGUAGCUUAGGAGAAUCGAAACCCAUGGACGAAAACGUCUACUGCGGUCUCAACACACACACAGACAAACCAAAGAUCUUUUCUGGCGAUUUCUACGACUCCGAAAACGAUACGGAGAGUUGCCGCCAGGACAAAUGCUAUAGCUUUAGUCGAUACAUCGACCCGAAAUCGAAAGACAACUGGUCGUACUGCUCGACUUUGGCCAUGGGUUCUCACAGAAAUUCACUGCCAAUCGACAAAUAUGUUCGACGUUCACUGAACAAAAAAGAUCGACCGAGGCCCAAGCCUUUGCAGUACGAACACGAGAGGUAUUACGACCACGUUUUCCCGAAGAGGGACUACUUCUACCAACCCAAUAAACUUGAUCACGCUGAAUUGUAAAUAUGAAAGGCCAUUGUGAAAAUUAGCUCAGCUGAGAUUCAAAACAUCAAAAAUGAAUAGGGGACUUCGGUCCAAGUUGCCAACCUAAAAACCUCUACCAAUGUAGAAGCAACAUUAUGGAAGUUUUAUUACUCAAAUAGCUUUAUUUUGAUGAAAUCUGAUUGUUGGAGUCUACUCAGCUCACUAAUAGAAGUUAUUCAGAAGAAACAUUAAUUUUUGUGAACUCCAGUUCUGAUUAGUUGAAAAUUAUGUUGAUGCACCUGCUUUCUGUUGCGUGCAAGAACUGUCAGAUGACGAAGUGAUUGAAAUAGUUUUUCACAAUUAUUUUGGCAUACGAAUCGUAUUUUUCGGCUAUUCAUUAAUUCGCUCAUGCCAUCACAUUGUGCUGUUGUACAAUGCACAAAAACUGCAGCGGAAGAUGAAGGAAUCCGGUUGAUACAUUUGUCAAUAUUUUGUGAGGAAGGAACAUACACCUCUAUGAGUAGAUCAUUCGGGAACGUAGUCAUUGAAUUUUUAAUUAACCAGCUUGACUUGUUAUCAAUUUAUCCAAGAAAAAACCAGUUCAGCCUAGGAUGAACUAGUUCAUCCUAUCGCUCUUCGGAUAUUCUGGUUUAGCCUGGAAAAAACUAGUUUAUCCUAAAUUCGGGUUUGUCCGGUCACGUAUCUAUUGAACACACAAAAUAAGAAUUUGAUAUAAAAUCCUCUAAAGUUGAGAAUUUGCAUUCUCUUUCAGAUAAAAAUAUAUCUAUAGGUCACCUGAAGGUAUAUAAUAUUAUUCGGAAUAUUCAACAAAAAACAACUACUUUCCUGGAUGUUCAACAACUGUAAUUCAAUAUCCGACGAGGCAAAUACCCAGAGGAAAGUAUGGUUGUUUUCUGUUGAAUAUGCCGAAUAAUUAUAUAUAUACCUACAAAAUAAUAUUAAUAAUGAGAGAAUGCAAAUUCUCAACUUAUGAAGAUUCUAUUUCAAAUUUUUAUUGUGUGUGUUCAUAUAAUGCAAUAUUCGUCGUGGCAUAUACAUAUAGUCAAGAAAGUAUACUAGUUUUCUGUUGAAUAUAACCGAGAAAGAAUUAAUAUUUUCAUCAGAUAGAGAGUGCGAAUUCUCAAUGUUUUUCAUGUUCAUAACCAUUUUUCCACUUCAGUUCUGGUUAUACCUAUAUCAGUCUUGCUGAUGAUUUUCUCAACAAGACAGGGUGUUUCAAGGCUUCCCCUCUACUUCUCGGAAAUGUAAAGAUGGGAUCCAAAUAUUACCCAGGACUCCAUGUAACUCUAACUGCUGCUUUCUAUCAAGAACGAGAAAAAAAAACAAGAUCCCAAGAUUCCUCUGUGAUAUAAAUCAGGAAAAAUGAAGAAAAUUGUUUGAAUUGGAGAUUUUGAGUUAAUCCAUAACAGUCUCUCUCUAAAUGAUAAUACUGAUUCUCAUGAAUUCUGAGUUAUUUCAGGAAAAUGGAAACAAUCAUUGUAGGCUGAUAUUUUCUUUUUUCCUAUAUUUAACCAUCAGUAGGUACUGAUAUGAUCAAUUUUGAUAAGAUAAGGAAACCCCUUUUUUUUGAGGAAUCUCAGCUGAGUUCAUUACUCAUUUCAAAAUUAUGAAGUCCCUAAUUCAUAAUUGAAUAUAUGUAUGUAUGUACAGUCAGAUGCAAAGAACAUGUCGCGGUUGGAUGUUGUUAGCGCUCUUCUAGCAGAUUUGACUAGAGGUGCUAACAUCACACAUGUGCGACAUGUUCAUUGCAUCCGACUGUACCUAUUAUGGAGUUCAAUCGUUACCUAUUACGAAAGAUGUUUUGCCUAAAAUAAUGUAAAAUUCCUCUAUGUUUAUAUAGUUGUGAGAACUAUCUUCUUUUUGUACAUUUUAAUUGUAAAUAUAACAAUAAUUAUAGGUAUGUGACUUAAUAUACAUUGCAUGAGAAUACUUUCGUCAAACUGAGUAAAUCACAAAAACCUAUCAGGUUUCUGUAAUUGUCAUAAAAUGUGUUGAAUGAAGACUAACAAUAUUGUUCAACUUGGCUUAUAUCCCCUCCUACGAUAUUGUAAACUUUGGCUACCCAUCCAAUAUACCAAAGCUAUGUGAAAAAGAAUUUUUAGAUAGUAUAAUUGGAUAAUUUAUAUUCUGUUACAUUCACUUUGAUCAUCUAUUAGUUCCAUUGAAUCUGAUAUUCCCCCACUUUAUAUUUCGCAGUUAAACUUCAUUUCGUUUGUAUUGUGGAUACUUAUUAUUAUAUCUAAACUUUCGUUGCUUUCUUCUUCCCAAUACUUCGGGAGAACCUUAUAUUUGUAAUUUUAGAAAACAGUAGAUUUCUUGAGAUAUAUGUGAUGUUACAAUAAUUAAAUCGAUAUUGAUGAUCAAGAAUGAGAGAUGUGUUAUAUUAUUAUUCUAGGCUUUUAAUGUAGAUUUAAGAUAAUCUCAUAACUGUUUCGCGUUAUCUGAUUUCGUUUCGAAAAUAUUUUAUAUAUCGGAAAGUUUAAAUUAUUUGUUGAAUAGGUUUCAUUACCUGUACCUAUAUUAUAUAUUGUAGAUGAUUAUUUUCGAUUGUAUAAAUGAUAGGAUUAUGUAUGUUGAUAAUAAAUUAAUAUGAUAACUUC